CGCGCGGCCGAGGUAGCGCGGAGCACCGAGCGCAUCGAUCAGCUUGCUCUGCGGCCUCCCGCCCGCCUGCCGGGCCCAUCACGCGCUCCGGGCUCGAUUCGGCAGGCGGUGGCCGCGGCGGCUGAGGCGGCAGCGCUGUGGCGGCGGCUGAGACGGCAGGGGAAGGUGGUGGCAGCGGCGGCGGCGGCGGCUCGGCCCGGAGUCCUGCUCCCGCGCCAUUUCGGACCCGGAGCGAGCGCGGCGCGGGCCUGAAGGCGGCGGCGGGAGCCUGAGGCGCGGCGGCUCCGCGGUGCGGAGAGAGGCCUGCUGAAAAUGACUGAGUAUAAACUUGUGGUAGUUGGAGCUGGUGGCGUAGGCAAGAGUGCCUUGACGAUACAGCUAAUUCAGAAUCACUUUGUGGAUGAAUAUGAUCCUACAAUAGAGGAUUCCUACAGGAAACAAGUAGUAAUUGAUGGAGAAACCUGUCUCUUGGAUAUUCUCGACACAGCAGGUCAAGAGGAGUACAGUGCAAUGAGGGACCAGUACAUGAGAACUGGGGAGGGCUUUCUUUGUGUAUUUGCCAUAAAUAAUACUAAAUCAUUUGAAGAUAUUCACCAUUAUAGAGAACAAAUUAAAAGAGUAAAGGACUCUGAAGAUGUGCCUAUGGUUCUAGUAGGGAAUAAGUGUGAUUUGCCUUCUAGAACAGUAGACACGAAACAGGCUCAGGAGUUAGCAAGGAGUUACGGGAUUCCAUUUAUUGAGACCUCAGCGAAGACAAGACAGGGUGUUGAUGAUGCCUUCUAUACAUUAGUCCGAGAAAUUCGAAAACAUAAAGAAAAGAUGAGCAAAGAUGGGAAAAAGAAGAAGAAGAAGUCAAGGACACGGUGUAUAGUUAUGUGAAUAGUUUGUACUCUUUCUUAAGGCACACUUAAGUAAAAGUGUGAUUUUUGUACAUUAUACUAAAUUAUUAGCAUUUGUUUUAGCAUUACCUAAUCUUUUUUUCUGUUCGUGCAAACUGUCAGCUGUUAUCUUAAAUGCUUAUUUUAAAAGGACAGUGGAAACCUUCUUUUCUCUAAGUGCCAGUAUUCCCUGGGUUUUGGACUUAAACUAGCAAUGCCUGUGGAAGAGACUAAAGACCUAAGACUCUGUCUUGGGGUUUUGGUGCAUGCAGUUGAUUCCUUGCUAGUUCUCUUACCAACUGUGAACAUUGGUGUGAACCAGAACAAUGAAGCUUUUGAACCAUCCCUGCUCUGUGUUCCAUCUGGUCAUCAAUGGAUUCAUUAGUAAUUACAGCUUCACUUGAGACCUUGUGGUUGGUUCUCCUAAGACUAAGGGAUCACAGACUGAUGGGCUUCCCUUUGAUUUACUUCCAGCAUGCCCUAGAGUUUACCAUCCUUCAUCAGUGUAGUUAGACUGUUCACAAAGGCUUUCUCUAGCUUUCCACUGCUAUUAAUCUUGGUCACUCCCCCAAAUAGUAUAUUUUUUCUAGAAAAGGGGAAAAAUGAAAAAAAAAAAAAAAAAAAGGCAAUGGAAAACAUUGAAAUCCAUUCAAUUUCCAUGUUAGCUAAAUUACUAUAAGAUUCCUAUAAUAGCUUUUCCUGGUAAGGCAGACCCAGUAAGAAAUAGUAACCAUUUGGGCUAUAUGUAUAUGCUACUAAAUUUUUGUAAUAAUUCAGUCAACUUUAACAUAUAUAAAAAGUUCUCAUAAGAAUUAAGUAUACUUCCCCUUUGUCAGAUUGUUUUUAACUUUCAAGUCUUUUUUGAAUUUAUGUCGUUGAAAGUAGUUUUAAUGGUUGUGAAGCUGAAGAUGAUUUGAGACAGUUAUAGCUUAGCAGGUGUUGAGGAGACCAGAGUUAUAGGGUUGGGCCUUACAUGAACCUGUGAUGAACGCUACUGGGUUUUGUAGCACUGCUGCAUUCAGUGUUGGCCGUGCAUUGUUUGGUCAACAUGGGGGAGGAGGAAAGUUGAAUGGCUUCGUACAAUGUAUUUUCACCAUGUAACAGUCCUACUGACAAAUCAAGGAAAUUUCUUUUGUUUAUAAUAAUAAUAAAAAACAAUUUAAAAUACAUUUCGAUGUUUGCUUUAAGGUUGAGACUUUGGGGUAGGAGGCUACAAGGAGAGUAAAUCUAUAAACAAUGAAGUAAGAAAGUUUGAAAAUGCAGGUUUGACUAGUCUCUCAACUCUAGCUGAACAAACAUUUGCUAAGUACUCCCCAAAUCUGAUAGGUAUUUAAAAUUAUCUAAUGUUUUAAGAAUAGAUAACAGGAAAAACAGUCCCUUCAAUGCACUUAAAGCAUUUCUUCAAAUAAUUUGAAAUGAGAUGGAAAUAUCACUGGACUAUGAGGACUGGAUAUCUGUCUUUUAGAAGUCUGAUUUUAAGCAAAUCACUGUCUGUUUAGUGUUGAAUCAUCUCAAAGAUGCUAACUUCACAGCUGUGUAACAACAUAUAGUCAGUUUACAUGCUGACACACCUAGUUGUCAAGCUUAGCACAAUUUGUAACUGUUUUACCUGGAUUAACAUCUUCACUGCCAGUCUUGGGCAAAUUGUGCAAGAGGUAAAUUUAUAUUUCAGUAUCCAUUCUCCAAUUUCAGAACUCCCUUCCAACAUUAUACUGGCUUUCAGCCUGUCUCCCACAUGCCCAUGACUUAGUGUAGUUUUAGUAAUUUCCCCUCACUUCAAACUUGGUUUUUGCUAUGGACAACUUCAUUAAUGUUGCCCGCUAAGGUAGGUAUAUCAAAGCUGCCCUAUUGCUUUCUUCCCCAGGAUUUAAAAUAACAGACAGCAUAGUGGGAUUUGAAUUAAUAGCUGGUUUUCAGGGCCACUACAGCAAUUCAGUCUUAAGCCUUUGGACUUCAUUCUUGCUGCCCAGUUUACUGGUGCCUCAGUAGGGAUUUUCAGAGUUAGUGUGAACAGACAGAACACAGUCCAGUAGAAGAUGAGCUUAGUCUUCAGCUAGCCAUUAUCCUGGUAAGUGAUAGAUUCUAUUGUUUUAAUAAACACAGUCUAACAGUGAAAAACACUUCAAAGUUCCCAUCAUAAAAUGUUUUCUUUAAAAAAAUUAUUUACUCAGCAUUUAUUCAGUGCUUGUCAUAUUCUGGGCAUUACACUAGGCACUGGGGGUGCGGUAUCUUCAAGAAGGGACACAGUCCUUGGCUAGUGGUAUGUAGCAUGAUCUGUAUACUAAGUAAGGCAUAUGGCAUAUGACUUAGACAUAAUGAAAUACAUGAUUUUAGUCUUACAGAGAGGGGUUUGGGUUCCUACAAUUUUUUUCCCUCAGUUUAGCAAGAAUUAUUUUCUGUGAGUCCAAUGCAACCUUUAAACCAAACUGCUUUACAUAAUUACUUCAUUUUUCUAAAAGAACAGAAAUCCCCUAAUCUACUUUUCUGAAAUACUCUAAACUGUACAAGUUCAUGGAACAUUCUUUGGGUGGAUUUUAAGUCUUAAAAUGCAGUUAGUAAUACCUCUUAUUUCUAUAUAGAGGAACAGGUGUACUUCAAGAGCUGCAGUGUAUAAUCAGAUAUUUUUAAUGUUUCUGGGCAAUGUGUUAAAGUAGUGGUAAUUACUACUAUGUAAAUUUUGAAUUGUGUUACACUUUGGUUAACAAAAGGGUUUUGUAUUGUUGGGUUUUUUGUUUGUUUAAAGAGGAAAGAAUCCUAGAGACAAACAUGUUAUCUAGUUAGUUACUGCAGCCUUAAAGUCCUUGUUGAAGUUGAAAACCAAUGCCAAGUUACAGUCAUAGGCAUUAACAUGUUUGUGGGAAGAAUAUAGCAGGCAAAUACAAGUUGAGUAAAUAUUUUCAAUAGGGAAUUCUAGGCUCUACUGACUGAGUCACACUGCAUAGGAAUUUAGAUCCUAGCUUUUAUAGGUUAUCAAGACAUUUGCCAUCAUUGCACAAUUUCAUCAUAACAUACAUGCAAGUUCUGUGAGGCAUGUCAGAAGUCACAGUUUGCACAAAUUCAUGUCAUUUUGUAUUCCACUGAUUUUCCAUUUUCAUAUAUAUAUAUAUGAAGGGUUUUUUGUAGGCAAUAAAAAUUUAAUUUCCAUUUGUUAAAGAAGCUUUGUGUAGUCAUUUUUUUAAAACCCAAGUUAUUUAAAGGUGAAUUUAUACUUAACUUCUGUGUAAUACUGGGUAGCAUGAAUUCUGCAUUGAAAAAUUGAACAGAUAGACCCAAUAGCUAUAAAUUCUGUCAAAACAUGAAAAUUAUUUCUAAAGAAGAACAUUAGUUUUCAAAGAAUAGUUAUUAAUUAGAUUCAUAUUUGUGGUUUAGUCCAAUAGUUUGAAGUGCCUGUUUGGGAUGGUGGUAGGCAUUUUAGAUGAAUUUGGGAAAAAUAAAGUUCUGUAAAAAUGCCAGUUCAGUCUCACCCCAACCAGCUGAAUGGGCUAUGUGCUGUUUUAGUUCCAGGUCCCCAAUUCCACUGUCUCAUGUCUUCAUGUUGAAGACACUUCUGUGUUUUUAUUUGAGUGCCAACUUCUUACUAGUGCUAUUUCUUACUGUACCAUGUUUCCCUGGAAUGUAUUUUAACUAUUUUUGUAGAGUGUAAACUGAAACAUGCAUAUUUUGUACAUUGUGCUUUCCUUCCUUCCUUCCUUCCAUUCCUUUUCUUUCUUUUUUUUCUUUGUUUUGUUUGUUUGUUGUGGGACAUAUGCAGUGUGAUACAGUUGUUUUCCAUCCUUUGGUUGCGCUGACCUAGGGAAUGUUGGUCAUAUCAAACAUUAAAUUUAAGAAUUAUCACUCUUAAUUAAAAUUAACUUUUAAAUGUUUAUAGGAGUACGUGCUGUGAAAUGAUCUGAAAUUUGUGAUAUUUUUGUCAUGAACCGUACUGCUCCUAAUCAUUGUAAUGUAAUAAAAAUAGUUAUGGUGAC